CUGAGCAGGAGAAAAAAAACCUCCACAUCCCUUUUUUGUGCCUAUCUCUGCAUGUAUGUGUGAGUCUGUGAUUGUGUGUUUGUGUGCAUGUGUGUUUGUUUCCAGCUCUCACCAGGUUGGGUGCGUUUUACUGAGGGCUUCCUGCUGCAUCCAUCUGCCUGAAACUAAAAAGCGCCAAGCUGUCACUGCACAUUGCAGGGUUUGAAAAGAGACAGUGAAGCUGGUGGAAACAACCCCUUGACCCUCUCAGGACAACAAAGGCAGCUCCUCACACACUUGAACCACAGCAGAGCAGCAAGCUUUCAUCAGACUCAUGACUGUUUGAGGGGACGCGGACCCACCGUGGCCCAUGCACUGUACCCGUUUCCCUCCUUGUCCUCCUUAUCCCUCAAGCUGACGCAAAACCCCAGACACCUCCCCCCCCUCCCCCACCCCCAUCCCCACUCCCACCCUGUCCCCAGCGACUCGCCACCUCCCAACAUGGCGUCCGGCACAGAGACCGUGCACUACAUCCACCUUCAUAACUCCAGCCAGUCAGUGCUGGAAGCCCUGCGCACGCAGCGGCGUGAGGGCCUCUUCUGUGAUGUGACAGUGCGGAUACAUGACGCUUCACUACGUGCCCACGCCUGCGUCCUGGCAGCUGGCAGCCCCUUCUUCCAGGACAAGCUGCUGCUGGGUCACUCUGAAAUCUCUGUGCCGCCGCUGGUGCCCGCCGAAACCGUGAAGCAGCUUGUGGAUUUCAUGUACAGUGGCUCGCUGGUGGUGUUGCAGUCACAGGCCCUCUGCAUCCUCACUGCUGCCAGCAUCUUGCAGAUCAAGACGGUCAUUGACGAGUGCACCCAGAUCAUCUCUCAGAGGAAGGCAGCGGCAGGGGCAGCGAGUGCAGCUGCAGCAGCGGCGGCGGCUGCGGCAGCAGGAGGAGGGUUGCUUGGAGGAGUUCUCCCUAAACAAGAAGAACGUGGCGGGGGGAAAGGGAGAGAGAGUGGUGGCAGCGGAAGCUGUUCUGUUGGUGCGGGUGGGGGUGGAGGCUACGCAAACUUCUCCAACUUCAUGGCGGAAUGUGGGGCGAAUAACAUGGGAGGGGGAUUGGGGGGUGCCAACGUUAGUGUUAGCGAGAGCGGCCAAGGCCCUAUGGAGCAAGCUAACACAGUCAGUCUGAUGGCACUGGGUGACAUGGGCCCCGGCUCCAUGUGCAGCGGCGACGGACUGGGCUCCGGGGCUGGCACAAUCCUCAUGAAGCAGAGCCCCAGCUGUACUCAGGAUGUCAGGUACAAGCUCCGAGACCUGUUGGCGCAGACGGCCAAUGGAGCCAGCACUAGUAGCACAGGGAACCUCUCAGCGGGCUGCAGCUCCGGUGUGGCCAGUGUGGACAGCAUCGGCAGGGACAGCCUCCGCGGCAACACAACUGACCUCUCUGAUGACCUGGUGGGGAUGGACCGAUACAGCGAGGAGGAGGACUUGGACGGGAGAGAGCGGGGAAGAGACGGAGACAGAGACAGGGGGGCGAGCCACAGCCGCAAGCAGAGGCAGCCGCUAAGACUCCAGGUGCUGGGAGGAGAAGGAGUGGUGGUGAAAGAUGAAGGGGUCCAGGACCCAGAUGGGACCGUCUAUGCCUUGGAGGACGGGAGACGAGACGGAGAACAAGAGGGCUCCCAGGAAUCCAUGGCAGGCUUUGGACAGGAUUUCUACGAUGAGCAGGGGGUGUUUUCGGAGAGUUUCUGGCCCCAGAGUGAGUCCCCCCAGACCAUGGCUUUCAACCCCAGAGGAAGGGUCAACAAGCCUAUGACUCCGCCUCCAACCACACAGUCCAUCAACAACCAGCUUCUCUUCCAGUACCCAGUGAGCCAGUCGCAGCCGGCUCCGUUCUAUGUGGGCGGGCCCAUGGGUGGAAUCGACAGCAUGGCGGGGACGGAGCCCAGUCAGCAGGCCCCGCCUCCUGCACCGAUGACCCCAGCUCCACCUCCCUCUGCCUCCUCCUGCUCUGCAGGCCCCUCCCCUUCCUCCCAGGGAUCUGAGACCUCGUUCGACUGCACGCACUGUGGCAAAUCUUUACGUUCCAGGAAGAACUACAGCAAGCACAUGUUCAUCCACUCCGGUCAGAAACCUCAUCAGUGCUCCAUCUGCUGGCGCUCCUUCUCCCUGCGCGACUACCUCCUCAAACACAUGGUGGUGCACACUGGCGUCAGGGCCUUCCAGUGCUCCAUGUGCGGCAAGCGCUUCACCCAGAAAAGCUCCCUCAAUGUGCACAUGCGCACCCACCGUGCCGAGCGCACUUUCCAGUGCAACGUGUGCCACCGGGCCUUCACCCACCGCACCUUGCUGGAGCGCCACGCCCUGCAGCACGCCCACCACGCCCCCCAGGGCCAAGGCCAAGGGCGUGGAGCCGACAUGACCUCACCUACCAAGCACAGUCCUCCGGCUCUGGGAGGGCCCUCAGGUAUGGCUGGCGCGGCUGGCAUGGUUGGCAGCAUGGCCAACAUGCCCAGCCACGGAGCUUCCUCCACCUAGAGAGAGUGAGGGGGAGAUACGGGGAAGAGGGGAAGGUCAGUGAACCCAUUCCUUAAAACGAAACUUAUUUGGUCCUAACAGCCUUGUUGAUCUUUUGUUCUGGUGGGGACAGCGCUUUGCAGGUUCCCAUUGUUUUAGCUUAGCGACACCUUCAAUCAGGGUUCCUACACACGGCUGGAAAGGCUCUUUGAAGUUUGAGAGAUAUGUAAAUUUAAAAAGUGGUUUUGGAAUUGCACAAAAAUCCUGGAAAAGUUUGUAAAAAUUGUUGUUCCCUCCCCAGAAGCCCGUCUUGAAUAGUUGUAGUCUUACUGUCAUUUCCUGUGUUGUGAUACUUGUUGCUGUGAUGACUAAUCAUGAGCUAUAGAGCGACAUCGCUAACAAUCACACGCCUUGUUGAACAGCCAUCCAAACUCCAGCCAAAAAUGUAUUUUUUCGGUGGAAACAAGUUUUGACUUUUGAAAUAGAGGAUGUGUAGGAACCCUGUUUCAAAGACACCAGAGAGUCACCAAAGAGGUUAGGAAUACAGAGCGGGUUUGGGAGUGGGUGAGGGCGUGGGGAGUCGUGGGGUUUAUAGGUGGAGGUGAGGGUGGGGUGGGGAUUGGGGUUAUAAGGAGAUGCAAGUUAGGGGAAAUAAGGGGAAGGCAGGGUUGGUGGGAAGGGAGGGUUGCAGGAUUUUAUUCACCCUCAAUUCGGUUAAUUCAGGUUGAAAAUAGGAGCUCAUUCGGUUCAGUUUCACAUCUUUAAGUGCAUAAAAUAAAACGUGAACAUAAUUCAGUUUGUUUACAACCCAGUCUGCUUAUUGAAGCGCUGUUUAUUCUGAGAUCUCAGCAAAGUGGCUGUGUAAAAUAACCGAUUGAUUUCCAAAACUAUGACAAACAAGAGCCAGUCUGUAAUGAAGAACUGGAUUUCCUUUAAAAGUGAAGAGAUAUUUAAUGUAUCUGUAAGUGAGAGCUUAAAUGAUGGCAGCUUGUUACGUGGGCCAUCUUUUAUUAUCUUCCUUCUGGUGCUUUGUAAGUGUAUUGGCUGAUUUCUGGAUUUAAACAUUAUGGCCUCAUUAUGUAACAAGUGAAGCCUUCCAAAUAUUAAAGAAUAAAAUUUUACAAACACCUUUGGAAGGUGAUAAAUUUAGUUAACAUGGUCAGUGUGUUCAACUUUAAAUGAGUCAUUUCAGUAGCGCUAUAGAGCACUUAAAUAUAGACCCUCAAAUUUUCGUUUUGGGUCUUUGUUUUGAGUAGUUUUUAUAUUAUGGUGUGUUUUGUUGAAUUGAAAAUUAGACUUGAGGCGAAUAUAUACAAGGUCAAUACUAGAAGGGCACUCUAAGAGCGCUUACCUCCAACCUGCCUGGCAAUGUAAAUGAAAGUAGGGCUGUACCCAGAUAUUAGGAUAUUUGAAUAUUCGUUUUUGUGGGUAGGUAUUCGUUAUGAAAUUUUGGUAUUCGAUUUUUUUUUUCCCCCCACAUAUUUUUACAUAUU